AACUUGAAUUUUGUUUUCGAUUUCUCGAGAGAGAGAGGGAGGGAGAUCAACUUUUUAACCCAAAGUACUUUAAAUUUGUGAGGAAAGGAGCAAAUUUUUAUCUUCAGGGUUUUCUGAUUUUGCUGUCUUCUCUUUCUUCUCUUUCUCGUGUUUGAGGGGUUGGGAAGAAAAAAUGAAACUUCUGGGUUUGUUCUUCUUGCUGUUUAAUUUGUUUGUGUUUUCAUUUUCUCGGAAACUUUUAACAAAGAGUGGUGGUCUUCACGACGAUGGAGCUGUUCUGUUGAAGCUCAAGAGUAGUUUCUCUGAUCCAAAUGGACUUCUUUCUAGCUGGGUUUCCGACAGCUCAUCAAACCAUUGUUCUUGGUACGGUGUUACCUGCAACUCUGAUUUGAAAGUCGUCUCUUUGAUUCUCAGAGGUUGUGAUGUGGGUGAAGGUGGUAGUGGUAGUACUAGUAGAGGUCUUCAUUUCCCAGAUUUGUCUUCUUGUUCAAGUAGAAGACUUGGUGGUGAGAUCUCUCCAGUUGUGGGAGGUUUGUCUGAAAUUAGGGUUUUGUCUCUGUCUUUUAAUCAUCUGAGAGGUGAAAUUCCAAAGGAGAUUUGGGGGUUGAAGAAAUUGGAGGUUCUUGAUCUUAAAGGCAACAGCUUUAUCGGUGGGGUUAGGGUUCUUGAUCCGUUGAAAAUAUCUAAACUUGUAGGAUUUUCAAGUUUCUCAAGCAAUGUUGUUCUUAGGAAACUUAUGAGUUACGAGGGUGAAGAUGACAUUGGUCCAAGCCCAGCUGAUGAUGAUUCCUCUGGCAAAUCUGGUUUGUAUCCGAUUGAGAUUGCUUCGAUUGUGUCGGCUUCAGUAAUUGUCUUUGUGCUUCUUGUUCUUGUUCUAUUCUUCCUCUACACGAAGAAAUGGAAACGGAACUCGCAGAUUCAAGUAGAUGAGAUAAAGGAGAUUAAAGUGUUUGUGGACAUUGAUACCCCUCUGACGUAUGAGAUCAUUGUUAGAGCUACUGGUUUCUUCAGCAACUCUUACUGUAUUGGUCAUGGUGGUUUUGGUUCGACUUAUAAAGCAGAGGUGUCUCCAACGAAUGUGUUUGCUGUUAAAAGACUCUCUGUUGGGAGGUUUCAAGGGGAUCAACAGUUUCAUGCUGAGAUCUCUGCUCUUGAAAUGGUUAAGCAUCCGAAUCUUGUUAUGUUAAUCGGUUACCAUGCGAGCGAAACCGAGAUGUUUCUCAUCUACAACUACUUAUCUGGUGGAAACCUUGAAGACUUCAUCAAAGAAAGAACUAAACCAGCUAUGGAGUGGAAGGUUCUUCACAAGAUUGCUCUUGAUGUAGCGCGUGCUCUCGCCUAUCUUCACGAACAGUGCUCUCCUAAAGUCUUGCACAGAGACAUCAAACCGAGUAACAUACUCUUGGACGACAAGUUCAACGCCUACCUGUCUGAUUUCGGACUCUCGAAACUCUUGGGAACUUCGCAGUCUCAUGUCACAACAGGUGUGGCUGGGACAUUCGGAUAUGUUGCUCCAGAAUACGCAAUGACAUGCCGUGUCUCGGAGAAAGCAGAUGUUUACAGCUACGGUAUUGUCGUCCUGGAGCUGAUAUCGGAUAAGCGAGCUCUAGACCCUUCUUUCUCAGCCCAUGAGAACGGGUUUAACAUUGUCUCGUGGGCACACAUGAUGCUGAGUCAAGGCAAAGCCAAAGAAGUCUUCACCAAGGGACUAUGGGAGACUGGCCCUGCUGACGAUCUGGUCCAGGUUCUGCAUUUGGCUCUCAAAUGCACCGUCGAUAGCCUCUCGAUAAGGCCGACAAUGAAACAAGCUGUGAAACUGCUGAAACGAAUCCAGCCUAAUAGAUUGUGAAACAAUGCUAGAAGAAGAAGAAGAAGUGUGUUGUAGAGGAUAUGUACAGCAGCAAACAAGUGCGUAGCCGUUAGAAGUCUUAAGUUAUGUUUCUUUUCUUUCCAGUGUAGGGAGCUCUUUCAUCUGUAUUACUCUAUUCACCAUAUGCAUCAUAAUCAAUUAUUAAUAUGUUAUUCUCAAAUCUCAA